CUAUAUUUUGCACAAGACUAGUUCAUCGUCUUCCAGGAUGGCCCGCCACGUGUUCCCUCUCGUGCUGGUGGUCGUGGCGCUGGUCGUCAGGAUUAUACUUGCUGCCCCGUCGGUCGCUUCGGGAGACACGAGCAACGAAAUCAACAGCAUAAGGACGUCGGACGAGGACAUCAACGUAGAGGAGGCCAUCUUCAACUCCUUCGGCGUGAGACCUUGCCAGCGUCGUUGCUACAGGCGAGACCACACGGGCGAAUGUCGACUCAACUUCUCUUGUUUCCUUGGCCUUGACUGAGUCACUUGAGUUUCGUUGGGUUUUCUGAGAUCUGAUUUUUUUUUUCUUUUUUUUAGGUUUCAUAUUCUGUCUGUAUGUCUCUUUUUUCUGUGAAUCUCUGUAUGUUUUUUGCUCCUCUCACUCUGGAGCAGCAAUUCACUUCUAUAUCUUUACUGUUAUCAUAACUUAGCUUUCGUUUUUUCUUCCCCCCUCAUUUUUCCGUUGCCAAUUACCUUCAUCUGACAAUUCCGUUUUCCCAAGAAAAGUAUUUUUUGUCGCUAUUUGCCUUUCUUGUUUUCAAAACUAUAAUAGAUGUCUCUUGAUGAUAUUUGUAUCUAGAAUUAAUAAAUUUCAUCUGGAUUAGC